CCUCAAAGUUCCCAUAUAAGCAGUUGUUUCUGGAUCAAUUAUUUAAGUAUUAGGUCCAUCACCACUGGAACUAGAAUGAGUCGCUGUGCUGUCUACCUGGUUAUCCUUGCCAUGAUCCUGGGAUGUCAUUGCUACUUGGACGAAUACGAUGAAUAUAUGAACUACAAAAAGCAGAGAGAUAUUUGCAAGCUGCCCUUAAAGAGUGGAAAGUGUCGCGCUAAAGUAUAUGUCUGGUAUUACGACUUCAAAAAAAGGGCUUGCAAGAGAUUUCUGUAUUCCCUCUGUGGCGGCAACUCGAAUCGGUUCGUCACCAAAGCAGAAUGCGAGGAAGUUUGCUCACGGAAAUGGUGACCUGCUUCGCAUUUCCAGCCGCAAACCAUGGAAUAGAUUUGUUAAAAAAUUAAUGGCUUUAUAAAAAAUGUUGUCUUUAUAAAUAUUUAAUCUUUUAUUAACCGGUAAUCAUACAGAGCAAGGAUA